AUGUCAUUUGCUAUUCCUGCGGGUGUAUCAUUAGUUUCAGCAUUAAGUUAUCAUAUGUUCAGAACUUUUUGGAGAAUUAUGGAAACGCUGUCGGAUUCCAAUAAACAAGCGCAUAAAAAUGCUCUUCUAAGUUUAUUAGCCCAGGUUUGUAUUUACUAUUUCGAAAACAUUUUAUUUUAACAAAUUCAAUAAUAUUUAUUUAGGCAUUAACAUGUUCUGUUAUGCUUCUCCCAAUUUUUGGAUUUUUCAUUGAUGUUUAUUUUGGGUAUCAUAAUCAGAAAUUAUUAUUUUAUCAUGAAUUAGUAUUCAGCUGUCAUUCGAGUACUAAUUGUAUUGUGAUGAUUAUUACAGUCAAAGAAUACCGAAAUUUUGUGAAAAGUUUGAUUUAUUCGAAUGUUGUCAAGACGGAAGCAGCCAAAAAUAGUUAUAGACAUCAAAUUUGA